AUGGAGCUGCCAAACGAGCAGCGUGACGGAGACGCCGACAUGGCAAGACCAGGAAACACAUGCCCUCUCAACCGCCUGCCGCCCGAGCUCAGGCUGCAGAUCGGAGAGUACGCUCUCGGUGGCCCCGAGCUCUCGCUCUCGCAGCAGGGCGGCCGCACGAGCAACUUCCUGUGCAACCUGCUUACAGGAGGUGGCUCGCUAAGUGUAGUGCGGCACAAGUUCUUGGACUUUCAUGAGCUCUUCGCCUUUCUGGCCUCUCACAGCCCCGGCGCGCUCUCGGAAAUCGGCCAUCUGGUUGUCCAACUAAGCUGCCUGCCGGAUACUCAGGAGCUUGAGGCGAUGCUCACAGGCGUCAGUAACCAGGCAGCGUUGAAUUCUAUCAGCGAGCAGCACAACCACAUUCUGGCGCUGCUCGUGCACGCCGUACGGCUCAAGCAAUUCGUGGUCCGCAUCGAUAUGGCCGACUAUUUCGAUUCGGCCGGCAACUUCGACGCGAGUUCAACAAACGCGCUGCACAUACAAGGACUGAAUGCGAUCCAGAGCGUGGUCACGAACACGCCUGACGAGACCGUUGAUAUCAAAAUGAAGAAGGUCAAACACCUCAUAAACCUGCCAGCAUUCCGCCUGGAAAUUGCUGUCUGCACAUUUAACGAGGCCACCGGCGAGCUCAAAUACGACGAGGCCGUCGACCUCCGUUCUCAACAUGGACUGCCGGAGGGCUUCGGUGCGCACCUGUCCUCGCAUGUAUUCUGGACAAACGGCAGAAUCCGCGGCCACUUAGCCCAGAUUGCCAGCGAGCUCCAGCGUCGGCAUGUCCAGCAUCGCGACAUGGAGAAACCAGUUUUGACGGAGCCAGGCGGCACCGAGGACAUGUUAGCGGCCUACGACGCCAGCGGUCUCACAGUCAGCGGCCGCUAG